GCCAUCAUUGCUCUAUAACUUACCUAAAAAAGAACAAGAUUGAAAAUGAACAAGUUUGUGACUUUUUCAAACCCUUUAGUUUCUCAGUGGCCACCCUAUGUUUUGAAUAGCACGAGUUUCAGGUUUCUGACGUCCGUCUGGUUUCUCUGUUUCCAAGGCCUCGAUCCUGCCGAGCCGCAUUUCAGCAACACGUCAACGAUGGUCCGGCUCGAUCCAACUGACGCCACGUUCGUCACCGCCAUCCACACCGACUGCAAUCCUUUUAUCAGUGGCGGUUUCGGCAUCACUCAGCCGGUCGGGCACAUCGAUUUCUAUCCAAACGGUGGCCGCAGUCAGCCUGGUUGUAACGAGGGUGUUCUCAGUUCCAUCACCCUCGAACAUGGCAGUAUCUUUCGCGGGAUCAGGAGGUUCGUCAGCUGCAAUCACAUCCGCAGUUACGAGUACUUCAUCGAGAGCAUCAACACGAACUGCCCGUACCUGACGGUCCCCUGCGUUUCCUGGGACAAGUUCCUCGAGGGUGGCUGCUUCGACUGCACGAAUCAAUACUGUCCCAAGUUCGGGCUGGACGCGCAACCAGGGAACUACCACGCGUCCGUUUACCUGAUGACCGGCUCCAUCAAGCCAUUCUGCAAGGGUCAUUACAAAAUCGUCAUCAACGUCUCGAGGACGAACGAGAGCCUCGAUCACGGCGGCGAGGUUGGAACUUUCGCGGUCAAGGCCAUCGGGCAAAACGGGAAGAGGUCGGAGAGGAUGCCGCUGAGCUCUCAGUCGAUGUACUACGAGCCAGGCAGCACUCACGCCGUGGUGCUGCCUGGCGACGUUGUCGGCAAGCUGGAAGCGGUGGAGAUCUCGUGGGAGUAUCGUGCCUCUGUUUUCAAUCCGCUCACGUGGAGGCUUUUGCACACGCCUCGCGUCUACGUCGACUCGCUGAGCAUCGAGAGUUUGGAGGCCGCUCACGGGAUCACCGUGUGCCCCGACGAAACGAAGACUCUGGUCGCCAACGAGCCGAAAAUUUUGACCACCGACAACUGUCAGAUCCCGGAGCGUCUGAACAUGGUUUCGACGUAGACGUUCCUUUCUAAAAUCACAACGACUGACAAGAACGCAACUGACGAGCUCAACAAAUGAAAAAUCGAAAUCUCAAUCAGUCUCCUAGGUUACAUAAUUUUUUUAUAUGAGUGAAAGUCGAAAGAUCGACCGAGCGAAACGAUAAUCUCGUAAGCGAUUUUUAUAGCAAUACGAAGAAAAAACAAAUUUCGACUGACGUUGCACGUAAUCGGUGCAGUUUUUUCUUAUUGAAUUCGACUGUGCAUCGAGUCGACGGUUGUCGCUGUUGCAAAUGAAUUAUUUUUUGCCGUUUC